UUCUCUUUCCGAAGCAUCUCUCUCUCUCUCUCUCUCUCUCUCUCUCUCUCUCUUCUUUCUCUCUCUCUCUCUGAGGAAAACCUAGAAACAGAACAAUGGCAGAGACGCCGCUGAAGCGCCAAAGAGAAGAAACGGAAGAAACCCACGUCGACGGACCAGCGGAAGACCAGACGAAGCGCCUCAAGCCGUCGUCGUCGUCCUACCCCCACAACAUCCUCUCCUUCCUCGACGACCAAUUAGACGACGGCCAGAUCUCCAGCCAGGACCUGUCCUCCCUCAUCUCCGCCCUCCAGGACGAGCUCGCCUCCGAGUCCGAACCAAACAUCCCAUCCGAACCGGAGCUCGCCUCGCCUUCCUCCUCUUCUCCGGGGGAAGAGAGCGACGGCGACGAGGACAAAGAGAAGGUGUUCAGGCACCUGCUCGUGGCCUCCGACGACGAGCUCGGCCUGCCCAGCAGAGAGGGCGAAGGGCCCGAAGCGGGAGCGAGCGGCGUGGAGCUCCUGUCUUGUGACGGCCUGUGGGAGCUCGAGGACGAGGCUGCGAAUUACUACACCCUGUUGCAGUCCGAGCUCUUCAUGUGGGGCGAAUUUGCAAAGUAGGCUGCUUUAAUCGGGGGAGGAAAGUGAGAAGAAAAGAAAAAAUUAGGGCAAGGGGUUGCAAAGUGAAGGGGAAAAGAAAUUUGUUUUCUUUCGUUUUGUGGGCUCUGCUGUGGAUCGAGCUUAGUGUUAGGACUUAGGGGAAGCUGUUGGGGGAAGUCUAGAUUUAGGAAGACAUGAACUGUGAAUGGACAAAAAGAUCAUUGAAAUUUGUUUAAGUGUAAAACAGCAAUUAAAAGGAUCAUUUGCGGUGUUAAAUUUGAUUU